GGCACCAAGUCUAUAACAUCUUCACCAGAAAAGCCUCAAAGUCUCAUUGUUUUGGUCUGUGUUGUUAAUAGUUCAGGUCCCUGUGUGAGAGUGGCCAUGGGAAGAGCUCCUUGCUGUGACAAAGCAAACGUUAAGAGAGGACCAUGGUCUCCUGAAGAAGAUGCAACCCUCAAAAGUUAUGUUGAGACUCAUGGCACUGGUGGAAAUUGGAUUGCAUUGCCAAAAAAAGCUGGCCUUAGACGGUGUGGCAAGAGUUGCCGUCUACGGUGGCUAAAUUAUCUGAGGCCAGACAUCAAACAUGGAGGCUUCACUGAAGAAGAGGACAACAUCAUUUGCACCCUCUAUGCUCAGCUCGGAAGCAGAUGGUCUGCCAUAGCCUCUCAACUUCCUGGAAGAACCGACAAUGAUGUGAAAAACCACUGGAACACAAAACUGAAGAAGAAGAUAAUGUCAGGAGAAGUUAGUCUCAAAGCAUUGACUAACAACGACCCUCUAAUUCCUUCAUCUCCAACCCCAUCACUAACCCAAAAUUCAGUUUUCCCUUCUUCACAAAAUCAAAAUUUUCUACCUCCCAUGCUGUCAAUCUUAGAUGCUAAUUCCGGGUUCAACAACGUUAAUGAACAAAACAUUAGUUUCGACCAAACUAAUGGGUUGUAUGGUCCACAUGUCAUGGAUGUUGUCUCAGAAAUUGGUGCAAGUUCAAGCAUCAACAAUAAUAUUAAUCCCAUGGUGUCAUUGUCUGGAGAAGGUUCAAGUGUUUCGGAUUCGUCUUCAAUUGCAAUGAACAACAACAAGGGUAGUGUGUCACAGCCACAACAUGCUAGUGAUGAAUCUAUGGAAAUGAUGGAUUUUGGCUUUGGAUUUCCCUAUGAUCUUGUCAAUGGUCUUAACUGCCAUUAUGAGAGAGUUGGUGAGUUUCCUCCAAGUUGGUACCCAGAGUGGGUUGAUUUUAGCUAUGCCAACAUUAAGCCACAUUAAUUAAUAGUUAUACAAUGUAUAACCAUAGGAUAUUAUGUAAGGAAAAAAAAAUUGUAAAAACAUAUGACAUCUUCCUAGUUUGCUGAUCUAGUAUUUUAAUUAGUGGUUCUUAAUGUUCAUAAAUAGGAACUACAUAGUUUUUGACUAGGUCAAAAUUUGAAUUUAAGGGAAUGAAAAAGAUUAUUGAUCGAUAAGAUGCUCUUGAGUCUUUGUUAAUUAAGGUUCAUGCAUGUUGUGGUUGUGGGGCCUAGCUAGGAGACUUGUUUGGUAUGGGGAUUUAUAGAUAUUAUGUGUUGAUGACAUAAGCACGUUUGUCAGGUUGUUAUUCAUCAGAGGUCACAGAAGUUGCAUGGAGGAGUGACUAUUUCAAACCUUAGAAUUGAAUACUGUUGUC